CGACAAACGAAAAACGGAGGGCAUCAAAUGAAGCGUUUACGCAGCAUUGGUAUGAAAACAAUGCCAGUGCUGCCGCCUCCAGUGCUGCCGCCUCAUUAUCAUGGCUUCCCCUUCUAGCACCCGAUGGCCAUGCCGCCCCCGGGGUAUCACCAUCUGAAUGAGGACAUGGACCUCACGCGACGGUCGGUCGGCCCGCCAGCACCGCCGCCGCCACCGCUGCCGCUGCCGCAGACAAUUUGGCCGCAGAGCAGCCAGUCGUUCUACAUGAGCAGCGGCACAGCGCACACGGCCACCAGUGUGGGUGGGACUGUGCACCAGCACAUGCCGGUGCUGCUGGGGGACUAUCAGCACAUGCCGGUGCUGCUGGGGGACUAUCGUGUUGUGAUGCACCCCCACCACCCCCACCACCACCUGCAGCAGCAGCAGCCGGGGUCUUCGCACCUGCCAUCGCAGUACCACGCCCACCAUGGCUGAGGGGUGGGUGUGCUGCACAAGACAGAGAUAAGCGCGGCACACCAUCAUUUGUAUGUGUGUGUGUGUGUGUGCGUGUGUGUGCGGACAGGCUGACGAUUGAGAGGAGGCUGGUAGAGGCUGCAUAUGGAUGGAUGGGUUGUUCCGUUAUCGAGACUGUGCGUGAGUGGGGUGUUUUUUAAGACCGAUCGGAACGAGACCAGAUCACCAUUUCAUGACCGUGAUGCAUCAGUCAGCCCACAAACCCAAUACCCACGGCAGGUACCACGACCCAUAUGGUGGGGACAAAAUACGGACACCACCACGGGUAAUUGGUGAGUGCCGUUUGCCGUGUGCGAUGCGGUGUGCGAUCGAUGCGGUAGGCGUGUGUGUGUGUGUGACGGGCAGGUGACACUCCCUUGCUUACAAAACGGGUCCAUGUACGUGUACGUGUGCAAUCACAUAUAUGUAUUAUAUUCUGCACGUACUUAGAUUUCACAUGCACUUAGCGAUAUUAUAGAAAUGAGCCUGCC